AUGUCCAAGGUAGCACGAACCCCCGUCCGCACAGAGCGUGCGCCACUUCCACCGCCAUUCCUAUCGCAAGGCCUGGUUGUCGGAGAUGUGGUCUACUGUUCGGGCCAGGUAGGAGCCGACCCGACCACGGGCAAACUGGUGGAGGGGAGCAUCCAGAACCGAACGCGACAAAUCCUUCGCAACCUCAAUGCCGUCCUCGAGGCCGGCGGGUCUAGCCUCCACGACGCGAUCAAGGUCAACAUUUUCCUGACCGACAUGGCCGAUUUCCCCGCUGUGAACGAGGUCUACGCGACCUUUUUCUCGGAUCCUAAGCCGGUGCGCACCUGCGUCAGCGUCAAGUCCCUCCCACUAGGAACGGAUGUCGAAAUCGAAUGUUCUGGUCUGGUUACGAGUGGAAAUGGGCGCAGUUCUAGACUUUGA